AUGGAAGACUUGCAGCAUCAGCUGCUCAUUGUUACAGGGGCUCUGAUCUGUUUCUCUGCUCUGCUUAAAUGCAUCAGAUUUAUGAACUAUAUUUUCCCACAUGUUUGGAGUGCUUUGCCUCAGGCUUUCUUUCGGUCGCUGGGAGAAUGGGCAGUGGUCACAGGAGCAGGAGAUGGGCUUGGAAAAGCAUAUUCCUUUGAGCUGGCAAGACAUGGGUUAAAUAUAGUUAUGAUAAGUAGAACUCUUGAGAAGAUGCAGAGAGUAGCCAAUGAAAUCGAGCAGGCCACAGCUCAAAAGGUGAAGGUUAUACAAGCUGAUUUCACUAAAAAUUCAGUAUACGAGAACAUUGAAAAAGAUCUGGAAGGCUUGGAAAUAGGUGUUUUGGUUAACAAUGUUGGAAUGCUUCAUAAUCCUCUUCCAUGCCGUUUCCUUAAUGCACCAGAUGUAGACGAGAACCUUGUCAACUGUAACAUUAUUUCUGUUACAAAGAUGACACAACUAAUUUUGAAACAGAUGGAACCAAGACAGAAAGGUCUGAUUCUGAACCUAUCCUCUGGUCUGGGAACUUUCCCUUGUCCCCUGUACACAAUGUACUCAGCAUCUAAGGCCUUUAUAUGCACUUUCUCCAAAGCACUACAAGCAGAGUACAAAGAAAAGGGAAUUAUCAUACAGGUAGUGGCUCCUUAUGGCGUCUCUACUCCAAUGACAAUGCACCAAAAACCUGGUCUUAUUACAAAGACUGCGGAAGAGUUUGUUAGUGAAUCACUGCAUUACGUCACUUUCGGAGAUGAGAUUUUUGGAUGUUUAGCCCAUGAAUUACUGGCAUGCGUUCUGCAGCUUGUUCCUUUAUGGGUACUCCACAGUGACAGGCUUCAAGAAGCAGCCCUGCAGGCAUUUACCAGUUAUCUUAAGAAGAGGUGGAGGACAUCCUAA